UGGAGGACUGAUUUAUAUUUGGGAUUUAUUUUUCAUCCAUAGUUGGAAUUCCGUCGAAAACAAUGUUAUUGUUUUUAAGUUGAACAGCUGAGGGAAGCAUGUCACAGGCUGCAUCAGUGUCUCCGUGCAUUUCUGUUGGAUCUCUCUUACUUUGCAAAGGAUUCCUCAUCAUCUCUGGAAGAGUGGACCUCUGAAUGUGUCUGUGUGCAGGUCAGAGCGGACACCCAGCGGCGGAGGUGAGGAGAGAAGACAUGCUGCUUCUGCUGUCCAUCACCGGCCACUGGAUCCGGCUCCGGGAGCUCGGCGGUGUCUUUACGCGCUGAGCUGAGCGGAAGAGAGGGGUGGGGGGGGCUCCCCUCAGCUGGAUCACGCUUCGCCACUGAAUGUUUGAUUGAUCUUAAGGGAGGACGGAGGCGGGAGGCGGGAGCAUUUGGAUGUGAGACUGCUGGUAAAAGAGCAGGAAACAGGUCUUGAGCUACAGGGGGAAAGGGGGGACAAAUCAGUGGACCUUUGUUGAUCCUUUUUAUAAUUAUAGUGUUUUAGUAUGACAUCCUUUCUUAACGAUAGAGGAGCAUACAAGAGAGAAUAAGGUACAGGUUGCUGUGCAGGGGGGUCCGGGGGUGGGAGAGAAAAAUGCUGCCUUCGCAAGAAGCCUCCAAAAUUUACCAUGACAACUAUAUGCGCAACUCCAGGGCCAUCGGUGUCCUGUGGGCCAUAUUCACCAUCUGCCUGGCCAUCAUCAGCGUGGUGGUGUUCUUCCAGCCUUAUUGGAUCGGAGACAGCAUCAACACCCCCCAGGCCGGACAUUUCGGCUUGUUUCACUACUGCGUGGGCAUCGGGAACUCCGACCGGGAGCUCCUGUGCCAGGGCAGCAUCUCCGACUUCAGCUCCAUCCCGUCCGGAGCCUUCAGGGCGGCCUCCGUCUUCGUGCUGCUGUCCAUGGUGCUCGUCCUCGGCUGCAUUGGCUGCUUCGCUCUCUUCUUCUUCUGCAACACCGCCUCUGUGUACAAGACGUGCGCCUGGAUGCAGCUGCUCUGCGCCGUGUGUCUGGUGAUAGGCUGCGUGAUCUUCCCGAACGGCUGGGACUCGGAGGUCGUGCGGGACAUGUGUGGGGAGGACACGGGGAAGUACACCCUGGGAAAUUGCUCGGUGCGCUGGGCCUACAUCCUGGCUAUCAUCGGCAUACUGGACGCCCUCAUCCUGUCCUUCCUGGCAUUCGUGCUCGGCAACCGGCAGACAGAUUUCUUGCAGGAGGAGCUGAGGGCCGAGAGCAAAGAUUUUGCUGUGUCACGGAUUGAAAUCAGGGGCACCAGAGAUCCCCGAUUUGGAGUCCAGCGGUUCCACUGAGAAUUAAGCUUCCCCUCCCUUCCUCCCUCCCCCCUGCUCCUGCUCCACCUCUUACCUUCAGGUGAAACCCUUCAUCUGGAGGCCAAAGUCCGGUGGUUUGGAAUACCUAAAGACUGAGGCUGUGGGAAGAGAAAACAUCUUGUGAGGAAGUGUGACAAUCUUUAUCGAACUCUGGGAUAAAUCACUCCUAACCUACAGUGAACGGUGUUAAAACAAAGAUCAAGAAGUCAUAGAUAAUGAUCAUAAUGCUUGCAGAAGAAAAUAUACAUAUUUUUAUUGUGUGGAACAAAGCUACUUCAAGAUUUAAAAGCAACAUUAUUGGCAAAACAAGAAAAAGUUAAAAAACAUGAAGAUGAUUUUGUACAGCCACAGUCAUUUUUGCAGUCUUUUUUAGUCCAAUUUUCAGCUGCUCUUUGUGAUACAGUCUUAUUAUAGGACUACAAAAAUAAAACAUGCAGAGGUUUCUAUGGGAACAGGGUAAAUAAAGACAAUGAAAAAAAUAAAUAAAAUACCAUACAUCAAACUCCCCUGUGAGCUCUGCAAUAGUAAAACCUUCCAUUGUCCACUCAUGGAAAAAAAAGUUAGUUUAACUUUGAGCCUUCGAGCAUUGUCCCCACUGUCCUCCGCUUCGUCAGUCAUUCACAUUUCACUAGAGUCUGUUUUAUAGAGUCCACCCCCACUCCCUCCUCCAUUUACUGUAUGUUGAGAGGACAGUCCUGCUCUGAUUUAACACAGGGCCCCUCUAUGGAGAGAGUAGCGCUCUAACAUACACAGACUUAAAUAUAUAUUGAUCAAUUUGAUCGAUAAAAGCACAAUUUAUUACAAUGGCUGGAAUUCAUCGCUACACUUCAGAAACCCAAUCAGUGUUUUUAGAAAAUGGUAGUCAACAUCUGCUCUGAAGCAAAUGACAAAACAUUAAAAAUAGGCAUUAGUUUUUAGAUUUGAUCUUAGCUGAGGAUCAUGGUCCUCUUACACAAAGUAAAGUAAACCAUUUUGGCGUCCCUGAGAUGCUUUUUUUUUCUUUUUCCAAAAUGUGUUUAUUGAAGUUUUUCUCAAGACACAAACAACCCACAAUAAGAAACACAACCACUAACUGCAAAAUAAAGGAAAGGGGGAAGAGAAGAAAAAAAAAAUGAUGGCACACACAUUGGUACAGAGGUUAAAGGGUGAUACGGCUUACUUAUGCCCUCUGGCUUUAUGGAGGGGUAAUAUCACUUUAGGGCAUUGAGAAAUUCUGGGCCCUUAACAAAGUCCAAAAAGGAAAUCCACAUUUGUUGAAACAGAGUGUUUUUUCCUUUCAUUGAAUAUGUUAUUUUCUCCAUUGCUAUAACUUGAACAAUGUCCUCUAGCCAGCAUUUCGUAGUUGGUCUUUGUGUAGAUUUCCAACAUUUUGCAAUUGUCCGCCUGGCUUGAAGUAGACUGAGGGUAACCAUCUUCAUGUUGGCUUUGCUGAGGGAUCAUUUCCUGAGGUAUAAGUCCCAAAACACACAUUUUGGGGCACAUGGGAAGAUUCACCUCAGAAGAAGUUGAAAGAAUAUUAAUAACUUCUCUCCAAAAUUCUCGUAAUUUUGUACAGGACCAUACACAAUGGAAAAGAGUCCCUGUAUGUGCAUCACAUUUAAAACAUACAUCAGGAAUAUUACCAUUGAAAUGAUUCAGGACUACAGGAGUGAUAUAUAGCCUCAUAACCCACUUAUAUUGUAAGAGUCUGAGAGCUGAAUUGUAUGUUUGUGCCUGAGAAAUGUUACAAAUGGUUAGCCAUUCAGGCUCAGUUAAUUCUUCCUCUAGGUCAGCACACCAGGCAAGUCUCAUGUCAUCAGAUGACUCCUGUGACCCUGACAUUAGAGUCCUAUAGAGAAUAGAGAUAAGUCUUCUCUGGGGGUUAGGGCAAGCUACCACCUUUUCUAUUGCUGACAGAUCAGGCAAGGUGAGGUUUUUUUUGAGUCUUAUAAAUGAAGUCUCUAAUUUGAAGGUACUUGAAAAAGUGUUUAACUGAUAGAUCAAAGUUCUGUCUGAUAUCUUCAAAAGACAUAAGAACACCUUCAUGAAAAAUAUCUGAUAUUUUCCAAAUACCUUUGUCUGCCCAAAGUUUGAAUCCUCUGUCUUUUUCCCCUGGAGGGAAAUUGUUGUUUCCCCAAAUGGGUGUGAACUGAGACAUUUUAAGGGAAACAUUUGGGUAUUUAUGAACUUCAUGCCAUACACGGAUAGUAUUUGAAACAAACGGAUUGCCUGUGGCUUCCCGUAGUUUUGCCAGAUCACCAGAGUAAAGAUACAGGUAGGUGAGAAGUUUCUCUUCAAUAUGCACCCAAGAGAGGAAUGAAGUAGAUCUAAACCAAAAAGAGGUUAAGAUGCUUUUUUAGUUAAAAGCAGGGAUUCAUUCAGAUUCAGUUUUACUGUUGUAUGGAUUUGUUAUGAAAAAUAUUAAUUUUCUUGUAUGGUCUUUGUUUUGUGUGCUCAUUAUUAGAAAGCUGACCUUACUCUGAGAGGACGGUAUGUCAGGACCUGUCGCUCUUCUUUAUUCUACAUCUGCACAUCAAUAUUACUUUCUUCCCUUUCACAUCUAUCCAACACGGCCUAAUCAACAUGGAACUUACUUUAGUAAUAUCUUUGACCUCUGACCUGUUUCAGUGCUCCUUCUGUAAGAGAGUUUCUUUUGUACAUGGUUUUAUUUCUGUUGCUCUGCUGUAAUGAUGCUGUGAUGUUUCUCAUAGUGAAGCAGUGUUUGUGCCAGAGGCUCAGCAUGGCAGCCAGUGUCAUC